GCGGCGCGUUGCGACAUGGAGGGCGCGAUGGCAGUGCGGGUGACGGCCGCGCAUACGGCAGAAGCCCGGGCCGAAGCCGGGAGGGAGGCGGGCGAGGGCGGGGUCGCGGCGGCGGCGGCGGCGGCGGCCUUGGCCCCUGGCGGCUUCCUGGGCCUCCCGGCGCCCUUUAGCGAGGAAGAUGAGGACGAUGUGCACAGAUGUGGCCGCUGCCAGGCAGAGUUCACUGCCUUGGAAGACUUUGUUCAGCACAAGCUCCAGAAAGUGUGCCAGCGGGCCCCUCAGGAGGCCCUGCCUGCAACCCCUGCCGCUGGCGCACUGCUGGGCCAGGAGGUGGUGCCAGCGGUUGCAGGCCCGGAGGAGCCCAUCACGGUGGCCCACAUUGUGGUGGAGGCGGCCGCUUUAACGGCAGACAUCAGCCACGCACCCGACAUCGUUGGCGCCGGACACAUUAAGGAGGUCAUCGUGGCUGCUGAGGCAGAGCCAGGGGACGGCGACAUGGCCGAGGCCCCAGACAGCCCCAGCCGUCAGGGGCCCGGGCUCACCGGGGAGGGCGAGCAGGCUCAGGUCAAGCUGCUGGUGAACGAGGACGGUCGCUAUGUGUGCAUGCUGUGCCACAAGACCUUCAAGACGGGCAGCAUCCUCAAGGCCCACAUGGUCACCCACAGCAGCCGCAAGGACCACGAGUGCAAGCUGUGUGGGGCCUCCUUCCGGACCAAGGGUUCGCUCAUCCGGCACCACCGGCGGCACACAGAUGAGCGCCCCUAUAAGUGUGCCAAGUGUGGGAAGAGCUUCCGGGAGUCAGGGGCGCUGACCCGGCAUCUCAAGUCUCUCACCCCAUGCACAGAAAAAAUCCGUUUCAGCAUGAGCAAGGACGUGGUUGUUGGCAAAGAGGAUGCGCCUGCAGGGUCUGGCACCUCCACCGUGGGGACUGUUACAUCUUCAUCGGUGACCAGCGAACCUAUGGAGACCUCGCCGGUGAUUCACCUGGUGACAGACGCCAAGGGCACUGUCAUCCACGAGGUCCACGUGCAGAUGCAGGAGCUUCCCUUGGGCAUGAAAGCCCUGGCCCCAGAGCCCCCGGGCCCCGAGGAGCUGCCCUGUUCCAGCGAGGGUGGCCGUGAGAACCUGCUGCACCAGGCCAUGCAGAACUCCGGCAUUGUCCUUGAGCGUGUCACUGGAGAGGAGAGGGCCCUGGAGCCGGCCCCUCCUGCUGCACCCAGUCCGCAGCCCCUGGGAGAUGGUCCCCCAGAGCUGCCACUGCUGGAGGUGGAGCCGGUGGAGACACAGGUGGCCAGCGGGGCCUCAGCUGUGCCCAGGACCCACUCGUGCCCUCAGUGCAGUGAGACCUUCCCGACGGCGGCCACCCUGGAGGCCCACAAAAGGGGCCACACAGGGCCAAGGCCGUUCACAUGCGCGCAGUGUGGCAAGGCCUUCCUGAAAGCCUACCUGCUCAAGAAGCACCAGGAGGUGCACGUGCACGAGCGCCGCUUUCGCUGUGGGGACUGCGGGAAGCUCUAUAAAACCAUCGCCCACGUCCGUGGCCACCGGCGCGUCCACUCUGACGAGCGGCCCUAUCCGUGUCCUGAGUGUGGCAAGUGCUACAAGACCAAGAAUGCCCAGCAGGUGCACUUCCGGACUCACCUGGAGGAGAAGCCACAUGUGUGCCCGUUCUGCAGCCGGGGCUUCCGGGAGAAGGGCUCCCUGGUGCGGCACGUGAGGCACCACACGGGCGAGAAGCCCUUCAAGUGUUACAGGUGCGGCCGUGGCUUUGCUGAGCACGGCACGCUCAACCGGCACCUGCGCACCAAAGGGGGCUGCCUGCUGGAGGUGGAGGAGUUGCUGGUGUCUGAGGAGAGUUCCACAGCAGCUGCCACCGUGCUGGCCGAGGACCCUCACACUGUGCUGGUUGAGUUCUCGUCCGUCGUGGCCGACACCCAGGAGUACAUCAUCGAGGCCACCGCAGACGACGCGGAGACCAGUGAAGCUGCAGAGAUCAUUGAGGGGACCCAGACAGAGGUGGACAGCCACAUCAUGAAGGUGGUGCAGCAGAUUGUGCACCAGGCCAGCGCGGGCCACCAGAUCAUCGUGCAGAACGUGACUAUGGACCAGGAGGCAGGGCUGGGCCCUGAGGCUGCAGCGGCGGACACCAUCACCAUCGCGACACCUGAGAGCCUGACGGAGCAGGUGGCCAUGACGCUGGCCUCGGCCAUCAGCGAGGGCACCGUGCUCACAGCCCGCGCGGGCACUAAUGGCAGCGAGCAGGCCACUGUGACCAUGGUUUCCUCGGAGGACAUUGAAAUCCUGGAGCAUGCCGGCGAGCUGGUCAUCGCCUCACCAGAGGGCCAGCUUGAGGUGCAGACGGUCAUCGUCUAGCGUGGCCGCCUGUAGGCUCUCAGGCAGGGCUGCCCAGGACCCGGAGAAGAGGGGACACGAGUUCAGGUGUUCAGAGGGGAUGUGGGUGUGUAAAUAGUUUUUUGUUGCUUUACAAUAAAACAUGAAAAAGCCA